AGAGAGAGAGAGUGAAGUACCUGGAAUACCUGUUUAGUAGUUGCCGUAAGGGUUUUUGUGGAAGUAUUUAUAUGUAUUUCCUGCCUACUUUAGUAUAUUCACAAUGUAGACAAAACUUUUAAAGUCUAGAGAAGUUUGAAUGUGACAGCGACAUUUUUACAUAGAAAUCAUUUUAAAAGUAACGGCAAAUAUAUUUGGAGAGCGUUUGACUGAUAGAUAACAAUGGCCUCCUUCCAUGGAUCCCGACAAAUGAUACCACUGACCGUGGUUAUCUUCUUUCUUUUCACAGCUAUUGGUUGCCUAACUCCGUUUCUCAGUAUCCACAUGAGAGACCAGGGACUCACCUUGCGAGAAACUGCUUACAUCAACAUGGCGGCGGCCUUCUUUAGCGUUCUGGGACCGCCACUUUUUGGAACUAUAUCUGAAAAACACGCCAAGUAUAAAACGAUGUUUGUACUAAGUCUACUAGUAUCAGGUUUAGCCUAUACUGCCCUGUUAUUUGUCCCCAGAAUAAUCAGGACUCCCCGACAACCCCUGAUGGAAUUUGACUGUUCUACGGCUGUCAAUGUAGAGAAGUGUGAUAACUGGGAUAGCUGUGCUGAUGCUGCAUUGGACACACUGAACCUAACAACGUUUCAUUUGUCUGAAUGUCAAUACAAAUGUCCUGGUUCGUAUGCUGCCAAUGUUUCUUAUCCACUCCAUGUGUGUUUCCAUGGUGAUGAAACCGACAUUUGUAUUGUUUACGAACCCUCAGAAGAAAAUGCCACAAUCAGUUUCAAUUCCCGAUUCAUCUCAUGGUACCACGAUGAAUAUAAAAACGUUGAUUCUUCUCAGUUAUUGGACAGUAAUUUCGAUAGCCCAUCUUUUAUUAAUAUUUGCAGUUUUAAACCUGUGGCACCAAUUGUUGUGAACAAAAAACAUUACACAGAAAUAAGUUGCCGCCCUUUACCGGAGAGCUGUUUUAUUAAGUGUCAUUUGGGUCUCCAAGAAGGUGAUCAGCAAUUAAAACCAGCCCCAUGUGUUAAAGUUAUUGGAAAUCCCAUGUUGACUUUCUGGGCCUAUCUAGGCGUUCGAGCUGUUGCUGAUCUGGGUUUGAUUUCGGCCGUAUGUCUGCUAGACGCAAUUACCAUAUCUAGCACUAAUGAUUACGACGGGGUUUACGGUAGAACUCGAAUCUUAGGAGCACUUGCAUUAGCCAUUUUUCCUCCCAUCUCAGGAUUUUUGAUUGAUUACUACAGUGAUAUAUCGGAACAGCCAGACUAUUCACCAUCUGUGUUUAUUUUUGAUGGUUUAGCACUGAUAACUUGUGCUCUCGUUGUCGCUUUACCUUUGUCGGCAGGGUGGAAAGGCAAAUACACUGUUACUCCCGAGAAACUGAUGAAAAGAAAACAUGGAUUCUGGUCUCUAGAAAUGAUCUUCCUUCUACUUUUAGUGGUGGUGCUUGGCAUUCAGUGGGGGUUCAUUGAAACUUUUAUGCAUUGGUUCUACUCAGACUUGGGUUGCACCAAGUGGCAGAUAGGGUUAACUCUUACUGUGGCCUUCAUUUGCAGUUUGCCUUUUUUGGCCAUCUCGAAAAACAUGGUGCAUAACAUUGGCAGAGCCAAUCUGCUUGUCUUCGCAUUUCUUUUCUAUGCUAUCCGAUAUGCUGGCAUUUCGUAUAUAAGUACCCCAUGGUGGACCAUUCCUUUCGAAUCUAUGGAAACCUUUUCGUUAAGUGUAAUGUGGAUUGCAGCAGUUUCUUAUGGCCACAGUCUCGUACCAAGAAGUUCCCAUCUUAUAAUUCAGUACCUUCUAAACAUUCUGCAUUUUGGAAUCGGUAGAGGACUAGGAAGUAUUCUGGGUGGAUUUUUUAUGGAACUGUUCGGAACUAGACAAGCCUUCCGUGGGGUUGCAGUUUUCUCCGUUGUUUUAGGCCUUUUGUACCUUACCAUUUACCAUUCUUGUCUUAAAAAAAGCCGCAGGCCAAAGAAUAAACCUCCCCCGAAAAUGGCAAAUGGCGGAUGGUAUGCCAUGAACGAUUCAAUAGCGAAUGGUGAGACAAAGGUUCAUCAUCCAAUUUUGGCUGAUCAGGACGAUUCUGAUAUUGGAGGACAGGAUGAAGAGAAUGCCAAAUGAGAACGGAUUUUAGAGUUUGAUUUAGAAAUGCUGGUCAUAUUUUCUUUUUUUAAAUGGCUCAGAUGGGAUGAAAGUAACCGUCGUGUCAUGUUGCAACAUCGUCAUUGGACAAAAUUUUUCACAUCUUCAUUGAAUUUUCCAGCGAAAAAAUCUACUGAUAAAACAGCUUUUAGCUGUGCUAGAAAUACAAGAAUGUUUCCAGUUUUCAAUAUUAUGUUGUUCAUUUUAACUGUUUAAGGAAAGUUUAACUGAUUUAGAUAAGAGCUAUAAAAUACUUGAUAGAUUUGGCACCAUAUUUUUCGAACAUAAUAUCUAUGUUAAGAAAGGUACUUUUAAAGCGACAAUGUAUCUAAAAUUUAUAUGCAGCUCAAUCUUUUGGAUAGAAAAAG